AUGUCCUGGCCCUACCGCAUAUCUCUCGAUCACACCGACGAACAGAAAGCCCAAAGACGUCUCCUUCUCGAUCUUUAUGGCAUCUACGCCCAACUUUCAAUCUUCGUCCCCAUCAUUCUCUAUAACCUGUAUCGAUUAGCAGUAUGGGUAUAUUCCGAACGUCAACGAUCGAAAGUUGAUUAUUCGGCUGUUCCCAGCUCUCCCACAUUGAAGAAAAGGAGGGUGUCGAAGAGAGCGGCGUGGGGAAGAAAGAGUAGAAAUGUGGUUUGGUGGUUAGGGGGGGAUGUUAGGAGGGGUUGGGGUGAGAGGGGUCAUUGGAUCGCUGCAGGGGUGUGGGUGACUUGGUUGGGGUUUUUGUGUGUGCAUAAUACUGGUGAUGAUUACUUUCAUAUAACUAAACGGUUUGGUGUAGUUGCGGCAUCACAAUUCCCUGCCCAUUAUGCAUUGUCCAUGAAGUCUUUAUAUUCGCCACUUUCCGUGCUAUUUGGAUCAUCCCACGAGCAGCUCAAUAUCUGGCACCGAACAUCCGGUCGAGUCAUUUGGACUCUUCUUCUUUGCCACGCCACUUGGUAUUUGAAUGUCUUUGUCCAGUUGGGAGUUUUAUACCAGAAACUCACAACGCCCGUAGUCCUGCUCGGAGUAAUUUCUUUCCAGCUUAUUAACCUCCUCAUUAUCACGAGUUCGGCAACUGUCCGUCGUUGGUCUUAUCGGGUAUUCUUUAUUGUUCAUCUUUUUGUCGCCUUCGCCAUAAUUCCCCUUCUGUUCUUUCACGCCGCCCCUCUCCGCCUUUACAUUAUUGAGGCAGUCGCCCUUUUCGUAAUCGACCUUGCCAUUCGCAAACUUACCACUUUUACAGCUUUCACUACCAUUCAACCAGUUCCAGAAACUUCUCUUCUCAAAGUCACUGUUCCAAUCACUCCCUCUAAACUCUCUGACUUCCAAUACGCACCAGGUCAACACAUCUACCUAUCCAUUCCCCCGUCCUCUGUUCCCACAACUGCCGAGUAUAGUCGCCAUCUCCAUGAACUCCUGUACAACCCCUUCACCAUCGCUUCCGUCUCGGAUACCCCCUCACCUCACAUCACAUUAACCCUCCGCACUCUCAACGGCCCCACCACAUCCGCCCUCUCAUCCUUGUCUCACCUCGGUAAAGCUCGUCCACCACUCAAUAUCGAAGGCCCCUAUGGAACUUCUCGAAAAUUUCCUAAUCUAGCUGAGUCAUUCGAUAGAGUAUUACUCAUAGCUGGUGGCGUCGGCGCUACCUUCACUCUCCCCAUCUAUCGAGCCGUGAAAGAAAGCAUGGAAAAUGAAGGCAGAGCAAACGCCAAUGUAAGAAUGAUCUGGGUCAUGAGAGACUCAGCCGAAUCUGCAUGGGCAGUAUCAUCAUCCAAGCCGUUUCCUUCCACAAACGCGAAUGCGGACUCGUCAGACGAAGAAGCAGAAGAAGGAAAAGAAACAAAAGUCGAAAAUACCCACGAAGAUGGUAUAGAGAUAUACAUCACGAGUCCCCAAACCCUCAACCCAAACAGCAAUCCAACUCCAACUCCCGGUUCCAGCAGCCUAGAAAUGCACACCAUGGCACCCACCCGCAAUAAAAGCGGAAGCAUAACAUACUCGCGCCCCGACUUGCGCGCCAUCAUCAACGAGACAUUUGCGCAAGGUACAGAAGAGCGAGUCGCGAUCUUAGUAUGUGGACCUCCUGGAAUGGCAGCAGAGCUGAGGACAUACGUCGGGAAUUGGGUGGAGAAGGGUCGUCGUGUGUGGUGGCAUGAUGAGGGGUUUGAUUGGUAG